AAUGUCAAUAUAAAAACGAUUGCUUUCAGUUGCAAACAGCUGAUAGAAAUUGAUAGAAUCGAUUUAGUCUUGGUUUAUUUUUCCAUCACGACGCAGCUGUAGUAAAAUGGGUGUUUUGGGUUUAAAAACGUUUUUAGAGCGCGAAAAACAAACUCGCACGGUUAAUAUUGGCAAUGAGAUCAGCAAAUGGAAGAGAGAAAAUCAUGGUCAAUCACCGUCAGUGGUUAUCGAUCUUCUGAAUUUGACCAUUAGUCAUUCAAAACUGGAAUACGAUGCCAUUUGUGGUGGUCGUCAUGAAAACGCGUUGGAAUCGUUUGAAAAAUUUCUAAAAGCAUUGAAAGCCACCGACACUUUAAUCAUUUUCUUUUCGGCUCUAACCAUUCAGAAGGAUAAAAUUGAAGAGUGGCUGAGUCGACGAAACCAAGAAUUUAACUCGUACACAUCCUUGUACUACUUGAUUAACAAUGGCAAAGGAAUUGAUGCGCUGAUCGCGGAUAAUAAACUAUUGAAUUCAACGUUUUAUGGCAUUGAAAUGAUUGCAAGAAAAUAUGGUGAAUUUUUCUAUUCAGUGAAGAAAGAGUGUGACUUGGAAAUAGCACAGUUUGCUAAAAAUAAUCAAGUGUUGGCGGUUAUUUCGAAUAAUACGGACUUCCUUUUGUUUGAUGGAUCAUGGCGACUUUGGUCGUCCGAAGAUAUUCGAAUCACGCCAUCAAAUCAAAUAAAAACCAUUGAAUACGAUAGGAACGUGGCGAAUAUUUGCGAGUUGUUUCAAUAUCAACUGCCGCUAUUUGCCACUCUCCUGGGCAAUGAUUUUACGCUGAAAUAUUAUGAAGAAUUGCAAGAUUUUCAUACCAGUUUGGGACCAAUAGCGUACAAAGUUCAUUGCGUUGCACGCUACGUACGCAAAGUUAGCAAUAUUGAACUAUCUAACAAAGAUAUCGAAGAAAUUGCCCAGAAAGUGUUCGGUAACGCUGCUUAUGAUAAACAGGAAUUGAUUAGAAAAAGCGUAAAUUCGUACAAUAUUGAUGCAGUACCCAUAGACAACAAUGAUCCCAAUGUAAAACUACUGUUCGACACUAACAUGUACCGAUCGUACUUGCUGAACGGGAAUUCUAUACAAGCUAUUAGCUUGCCAUUCUAUGACAUGCGUGACAAGCACAGUGCAAACCUAUCGAUUCUCCUUGCAGAUUGGAUCAAACGCAGAAUUGGUGUGUUGAGACAGCAUAAUCGAGACAAUUCAUUUACAUUCACGUUAUUGGCAAUGAUGGAUCCGGAAAAAGAAUUUGAAGCUCAUACCGAAUACCCUAUUUAUCCCGAUUUCCCAGUUCCAGAUUUGGAGAGUUUAUAUCUCGACAAUGUGUCUGAAAUUACUGAAAUUAACUGGAAAAUGCUCGGAUGGAUUAUGUCUCUCUCUGACACAGAAGUUUCAUUAGUGAGAAAUUUACCAAAAGAUUUCCUUAUAAUUAGCACCACUCUUUAUGUUUUGGUGAAGAAAGAUCUGAUUGGCGCAGAAGAAGCCGAUGGAAUUUUGUAUACUGAGAAAAAGAUUCUUGAUAACAAGACAACUGAUGUGAAAUACCCAGCGACACUCAAAUCCAAAUGUGUUCGAGCUGCUCAUAUCUACAAUAUUACUUUUUCACAUGUGCGAGAAAACUUUGCGAUCGCUGGUUUGAUAUCACUAGUUCAGGAUUUGAUUCUACAGUUUGAUGGAGUUUAUUAUCAAAAGGUGAUGGAAGACUUUGCUAAAAUCAACCAAGCGGAACGCAGAAAAGCGAUUGAAAACUAUCGAAUUUAUGCUUAGAUUCAUAUGAUGUCAACGUGUUAACUGUUUCUGUUUUAUUUAAAUAAAAUUAAUCAUAUUUCAAGGCAAA